CAAUCUCCGAAGUUUUCCUGGCGACUAAAACGAUAACGUCAGCCAAACAUGGACACAGACGACUUGUUCAGACAAGCCGAGCAGGAAUUUGCUUGUCAGAAUUUGGAAACGGCAGAGAAACUGUACACAGACUUCAUCCGAGGUUGCACUACGCGGAAGGGGGAGGGGGGCGAAGUAGAAGACGUCAGCCCAGCAUCAUGUGAAACUAAAAGAAUAUCAGAUCUGGUGAUGGCGUACAACAACCGUGGACAGAUCAAAUACCUGAGGGUCGACUUCGACCAGGCCAUGGAAGAUUACACUGCAGCGAUAGGGGUGGCCCCUGAUGUACCAGUCCCAUAUUACAACAGAGGACAGAUCCAUUAUAGACUAGGUCGUUUUGAUGCUGCUAUUGCUGACUUCAACAAGGCCCUCGAGCUCCAGCCUGACUUCCCUGAUGCACACAUCAACAGGCAACAAGCUUUGAGUGAUAAACAGAAGAGGGACCAGGGAUUCAACACAAGUGACUGGAAGUCUGAGGGGAGCUAAACAUAUAGCAUAAUAUACAUUUAAUAUGGGAAAGUUACCUGUUUAAGUAGAGAGUAUAGUGGGUGAGUGAAUGAGUGAAUGAAUGGUUGGAUGGGUGGAUGGAUGGAUGGAUUAAUGGAUGGAUGGAUGGUGAAGACAUGGUUUUUAAUCGCAUAUUUCUGUCCAAAGGAGCCAAAAGAAAGUUACAUAAGAGAAAAAUUUAAAAAGGUACCAUUUAGUUAAGUACAGUAAACAGAAAAAGGCAGAUACAACAGAUCUUAGUACAUAUUUACUAUGUUCCAUAUGGAAAUAAUGUAGCCAAUUUCUUGUACAUACAUGUAGUAUUGUACACAGUCACGUAAGCAUCAGUUUUUAUUAAUACUGCUGCUUUUAAUCUUUGAAAU